GCUCUGACUCGCCACUCUUGCGCAGAAUACCGCUCGGCUCGGCCACAAGCGAACGUCCGCCCGGCGACCGGCGCCCGCGCACGCAUCACAUCGACAGUGACAAAAAACAGUGAUCAUAAAAUUAAAUUGAUCGUGCAAAGUGGUACUUCCCAGCAAAGACCGGACCCCUCGCGACAACUCCCAGGGCGAGUAAUGAAAUGGCGCGCUACCAGGUCCUGUGUUUAAUCAUCGUCGCCUCGAUGGAUAUAAGAACAUGUUACGGCGAGAACUCGGCCACGCUGAAGGAACAAGAAAGUACAUUACCGGAGCUCGCGAAGGAGGUAGAGGACAACAGUCGUUACAAAACACUAGAAGCUAACGCAACUGUUCUGAAGCUUUUAGUUGAUGACAAAAAUGGUGUCAGCAGGUCAGAGGUGUUCGACAUGCUUCACUCCAGAGAUGACAAUGAGAAACACAUAGACCUGCCCAGUUUCCCUCAAGACACAGAGGAUGCUCGCGCGGAGGUGUCUUUGAUACCUGAUGCCCAGGCAGAGUUCUUGCAAGUCACUGGCGAGGCAGUUCGUAAAGAUUCCCAGAAGGUGCGGUACUCUGGCAUGCGAGGAGAGCCCAUCGGUGCCGCCGCUGGCAUCAUGGUCGUGGUGACUUGCAGCAUCGUGUGCCUCGCCUACACAGCGCUCAUCGUGUGGAGGAGGAUAUACUUAAAGCGUAAUGGACUCAAGCACGAGCUUCUACGAAAUGAAGAGAAUAUCGCCGAGACCAGAAUAGAACUGUGAAUUUUAUGAAAAGAAGAGCCCUGAACAUUUUACUCGAUUUCCCCGGCUUCCUAGUUUCGGUGGCACAUUUUCUGAGAAGCUUCAAGACUGAAUUACGUUAAAAUUCCGUAGAAUUAAACAUCAUUAGGUAGAUACUAAGUAGGCCUAAUAAAAUAUGUAUAAUUUUGCAUGCAAACAAAUAAUUGUAUUCCUAGAAACUAAAUGUUACAAGAAGUACAGAAGUUAUGUUUAUUUUUGAUAAAACAUGUUAUUGAUAAAAUAUGUAAUUUAUCAUUUCGACGGUGUAUGAUAUAACAUAAUAUCUUUUGGUAUAUUUACACUAGCAAGUCGUGAAUUUCAGUAUCUUUAUUUUUUUAUUGAUGUUGUAAUAACAGACUCCUGAUACUAGUCAUGGCAAACGUUUUUCAGCCGGAAAUUGCAGGAAACAUGUAACUCAUUUGGUCAGACGUAAAUUCUUGCACUAGCAAUUAAGUCGCUUACGUAAAAAUAUUUGAUUGUAUCUCUAUAAAUAUUUAUUCUAUCGUUUGGCAGCUAGUUGUAACGAUAUUACGUAUUUUCUUAUUAUUAUUUACAUGCAUAAUAUGUAAUAAACUUUGUACGUUGCAAGUUAUCAAAUAAACAGUGCCAUAAAUCUUAUUAUUUUGAACAAAACUGUACACUAACUUACAAGUCAUUUUCAGUAAAUGUAAUUUUUCUAGUACUUUUUUAUUGGCAUGUUUAAAUAUUUAUUUAUAUUUUAAAGUCAGAACAUGUCUGUGAUGUUUUUAAUUAAGACAAUUUGGUAAUAAACAUUUUUAAGAUUAUCA